AUGGUCGUUAUUACCAUAUCGCACGGAAGGCAUUGGUACAGGCAGCGUCACCUACGUCGUAUUCCAGGACCACCCUCGCAGUCGUUUGUCUUCAAAGGUAAUCUUCAGCAGAUCUUCAGCUUACAAGGCUGGGACUUUCACAAGCGCAUGGUACAGCGAUAUGGGAGGGUGGUCAAAAUCUGGGGAUUCUUUGGGGACGCUCAACUGCACAUCGCUGAUUCAAAAGCUCUAUACAAUGUUUUGAUAAAGGACCAGGAUAUAUUCGAGGAGACAGACGCGUUCAUUGAGGCCAAUAAACUGUUCUUUGGACCUGGUUUGCUCGGUACUCUCGGAGACCUUCAUCGACGCCAGCGAAAGCUCCUCGUCCCCAUUUUCUCAGCCAACCACAUGCGUUACAUGACACCCAUCUUCUACAAGAUCACACAUCAGCUCGAGGAUGUACUACGGAUCAAGCUAGCCAAUGGUCCACAAGAGGUUGACAUGAAGGAAUGGAUGACCCGCGUUGCAUUGGAGAUCAUAGGCCAGAGCGGGCUUGGAUAUUCCUUUGAGACACUAGACGAAAGCAAAUCAAACCAAUAUGCGAUAGCAGUCAAGAUGCUUUUCCCGGCCUUUGGUGGCAUCCCAGUACUGCGGAAAUUACUUCCAUACCUCUGCAAUCUGGGUACCCCUUCUCUCCGCCGCUUCGCCGUACGGUUCUUACCUUCCAAGAGCGUUCAGCUGCUGAUCAAGGCAACAAACACCAUGGAUGAGAUGUCAAGGAAUAUAUUUUACGAAAAGAAAGCAGCCUUGAAAAAAGGAGAUGAUUCAGUCGUGCACCAAAUUGGCGAGGGUCGGGAUAUCAUGAGCAUUCUGAUGCGAUCAAACCUCAAUGGCGACGAAAAGGACCGUAUGCCUGACUACGAGUUACUCGGCCAGAUGUCGACUCUAGUGUUUUCUGCGAUGGACACGACUUCUGCUGCCUUAUCCCGCAUCUUCCUACUAUUGUCCCUCAAUCCCGAAGUCCAGGACAAGUUGCGUCAAGAGAUAGUUGAUGCUCGGAAGGAGUACGGCGGUGACAUGGAUUACGACGAUCUCAAUGCGCUUCCGUAUCUGGAGGCCAUCUGCAGGGAAACUCUUCGCGCUUACCCACCCAUAAACCAAGCUCCUAGGAUUGCACGUCGGGAUACUAUCCUUCCUCUGAGGUCGCCGAUCAAGGGGAGUGACGGUAGUACCAUCAACGAGGUAUACGUCCCGAAGAACACGACUGUCAUCAUAGGCAUUAGAACCUUGAAUACCGAUCCGCUCAUUUGGGGUCCUGACGCUGCUGAGUGGAAGCCGGAAAGAUGGCUCUCACCUCUUCCAGAGAGCGUGACCAAUGCACGCAUCCCGGGUGUGUACUCAAAUAUGUUAACUUUCCUAGGAGGAGGGAGGGCAUGCAUUGGUUUCAAGUUCUCUCAGAUGGAGAUCAAGAUAAUUCUAUCCCUACUCAUUCCCAGUUUCCGAUUCUCUACCACCGAAAAGAAGACCGACUGGCUCAUGGGUAUUGUGGCCUUUCCCGUGGUGUUAGGUAGCACGAAGCCAUCCAUGCCGCUGAUACUUACACCUAUCGAAGCGUAG